CUCCCACAGUAUGCUUCAGGUCAUGUCUGGAUUUCUGAAGAUCUUAUAGAAGAAUCUCUGAAUUGCUAUCUCCAAUUCUGACAUAACAUGAAUGAUGCAUUGAUUCAACAUUUAUUGGCCAAAACCAAAAAAAAGCCAGACUAUUGACUAGACAUUACUGUUUACAUGGAAAAUGAAUGAAUGUAUUAUCUCUAUUAAGCCCUUCUUGCUGAAAUUUAUGUUACAGUUAUUAUAAUGAUAAUAGUUUUAUUUUAUUGUCAUUAGAAUGUGAUGCUUGUUAUAAAAAGAAAGCCAUAAACUAAUUUCAUGUUGACUGAAGGCUUAGCCAUUAUUGAAGAAAAUGUCCUCCAAAACAAAGACAAAUAACGAGUUAAAUUAUAAGGGUACUUGGAAUAUAAUUGAACACAUCACGCUUUAUGCACAAAUAAGCUUAUUAGACCACACCAUUGCCUUUUUAGAAAAACAAUGAUUCAACAUGAAGAAUGUCUUUAAUCAAAUUCAGUUUACAUUUAUAUGAUAUCUAUAUUUUCUGCUUGUAGAUUCUGAUCUCAGGGUCUGUAGUGCCUCCUCUCAUUUGUUUGUAGGAAUUGAAAAUGUACUCUUUUGUCACUGUAGGACACCCCUAAAAAUGUCUGUCUCUUAUGCCCCCUUUAUUUUUUGCACAGUUGUCUAGUUGGCACACUGAAGUUGAUGAAGCCGUCGUAUUGUUAUUUGAUGCAAAUAUCAUUAAAAUUUUAGACAUCUCAAGAUCAUUUUCAAAAUUUAUUUUCAUCAAUAUUCUUUGAAAAUAAUAAUGUAUGCCACUGUUGAAAAAUUUGGCGUUUCCAAUACGUUUUCUUGAUGAAGAAUGUCAUUUUUACAUUCAAAAACAAAAAAUGUUUUACGGUUUCUACAAAAAUAUUAAGCAGAACAACCCUAAUAAUAAAGAAAUGUUUCUUGAUUUCUGAAGGAUCAUGUGACACUGAAGACUGGAAUAAUGACUGCUGAAAAAUUCAGCAUUACAUCACAUCAAAUUACACUGACUAGUGAAGUGAAUUUGAACUAAUUUAUUCAAAUAGAAAACUGUUGCUUUAAAUUAUAAUAAUAUUUCAAAAUAUUAUCCAAAACAUAAACUGUAUGGAGAUUCAGUACCCAACGUUUGACCUGCGCGUGGCGCUGAAACACCAUUUUCAUUAAAAAUAGUUAUUACUUUCGCGGUUUUUAUUUAUUUAUUUAUUAAUAUAUAUCUAGGCUAUAUUGAUAUGUCCUCACGUAUCAUCAUUGUAUGUUUGAAAUAUCUGUUAUCAACUAAAUACAUAUUUUUCCCUUCUGGUUGUAUUUUAGAACUUUCUCUAUUGAUUUUGGCAUAUGGAUUACAGAGUACAUAGAAGCCUGACGCAUUUUUUGGCAAUGCUGACUAUGAUGUAGUAGGUACUAGAUAGUCAGCCAAAUAGGUUAUGAGACAUAGCCAGUGUUUUACUCCAGAAGAGGGGAUUGUAUUUUACUCUAGUCAGUCCUCACCCGUCAGGUCUCAAUAACUCCCUCAGGCGUUGAACUCUACUCGUCUGAGCAGGAUAACAUCAGAUAAAGCACAGGGAAUAAGGGAAGAGCUGUUAGACGUCGGACCAUGCGUGAGGGAUUUUGGAAACUUCUUUGUAUUUUCAUGUUUUCCUUUCGUGCUUUUAAAGCUUCGGCAGCUAUUUAUCAGAUUCCAGUGAGACUGCAGCGCACAGUGUCGGAACACAACACUGGAGCAAACACACUCAGCAGGAACUGGUGCCAGUACACAGUACAGAAGAUUGUUUCAUGCCAGACACAAAAUGGGACAGAGACCAUUGUGCAGCGACUGUUCCAGAGUUGCCGAUGGCCUGGACCGUGUUCAAACCUCAUCAGCUACAGAACUCUGGUGAGACCUGUGUACAGAGUGACCUACAGGAAAAUCACUUCUCUGGAAUGGCGAUGCUGUCCAGGAUUCCAUGGAGAAGACUGCAGAGAGGAGUGCAUGAACUGUACUGGUUAUGCUGACAUCAAAGAGCGCUUGAGUGUCAUUGAAGCUCAGAUAAUGUUACUGAGAGAUGCUGAAGCGCCCCCUCUCCCUCAGCCCAGCCAAUCACAUGAGAGAACAGCUGAUAAUGAAGUGGACAGGACACACCCCUCACCAAUAACACCCAAUGCCAUUGGCCGACCAGGACCAAUAGGACAACCAGGACUUGUUGGGCCUCCAGGUCCCCCUGGGCCUCCUGGACCUUUAGGAAAGAUGGGGUUUCCUGGAAAACCUGGUCCCAUAGGACCUAGAGGUACUCAAGGGCUGCAAGGCCUUCCAGGUGAAAGAGGCCUUCCUGGGCCACCUGGACCCCCAGGGCCCUUCUCCAUCAGGGGAGAUGUUUACACUCUAAUGGCUAAACAACAUGCCCAGUAUGAAGAUAGUGACUUAGCUGCCUAUCGUGACCUGCAGGCUUUUCUUGGUCCUCCUGGGCCCUCGGGCCCUCCUGGUCCACCAGGGCCUGCCGGACCACCUGGACACCCAGGUGCACCAGGGGAAAAUGAUGCCUUAAGCUUUUCAGCCACACCAGGUGACAGGGGACCCAAAGGAGAUCCAGGAGAAAGAGGACCACCUGGAAUAACAGGAAAGCAGGGACAGCCUGGUUUUCCGGGUCCUAAAGGUGAGCCGGGAGAGACUCCAUCAGAGGUGCAGCAGUUGAGGGAAGCGCUGAAGAUUCUGGCCGAGAGGGUCCUCAUUCUAGAACACAUGAUCGGCAUUCAUGAUACUCUGUUGGACUCUGGUUCUGGAAUAGAUCUCCUGGCGGACUUCAUGCUAACAGGCAGUGCUAAAAAUGUUGGCGCUGCCAAACCCUCCUCUCCUCUUACCUCAGACAGAGAGUAGCCAGACUCUGUUGGGUAUGGAGAGUUAAUAACAAACACUUGUGACCACAAGGCCUUUAUCUCCUAUCUGUUACUUUAAAGGACAGAUCCCUCAAUGUAUUAUGAGCUUGAUAAGAGUGGCACUGAUCUUUUCUACAUUAUUUACUUGUAUUUCAUGUUCAUUUUUCUUUACCUGCCAAAAAUAUGUUUUUAUUGCCAAUCACAACCUGUUUUACUUCCACAAUGUGAUGUAUUUCAGUGGCUGGUCUUUAUUUUAGCCAUUUAUUGGAUGGUGAAAAGUGGGCUUCAUUUCUUUUAUUAUAGUAAAAGUGAGGAUUUUGGAUGGGCAGGAUGUCUGGGUUAAUUAAUCAACAAAGAUGAUACUUGAUUAUACAAAAAAAGCAUUCUUGACACUAUUUACUUCUUAAUGGUUGUUAUGUGGCAUGAAUAAUGAUUCAAUACUGCAGUCAUUCAAGCUGAAAAUAAAUGUUUUAUCAUAAAGACUUUCCAGAAAACAAAAAAGGCCCCGUUUUUCUUGUCAUUUCCUUUUUGUUUUCUGAUUGAUGACCUAUAAUGACCUCAUGCACAUAAUUAUAUAUAGCAGCCUUAGUCGUGGCUUUGUAUAAAAACAAUUCCUGCCUCAAAACUCACAGUAAGCAAAAAAUAGACUAGAAUAGAACUUUAAAACCAUAUUCAACCCUUUGUCUGCAUAGAAAGUGCAAAGUCUACCAUAAUAAAUUGAGUUUACACCUCU